UUAUUUUUUAAAUAGUGGCAAUAUAUUAAUUGAGCAAGAUGUGUAAGUGAGUUAAAACACACAGAAAAGGGACGCGCUGCUUUGUCAACUACACCGCGAAUAAGGAACCGGGAUAUAAGCAACCCACUUCCAGGUGGAUCACGCGUAGCCCGGUUUGCCUAACCCAGUGCCUUUGCUACAAUGCAGUCUGUUUUUAAUUACAAGAAAACGAAACUUAUUUGAGGCCCCGCGCAGAAGUCUUAUUACGACACCCUUUACAUGAUUCUUCAUCGUCCGGAUCCUACUAGAUAAAAGAGAAGGGAAGUUGAUAUAUAUGCACAGUUAGACCUCACUGCACACAGGCAAUGGAGCACUGCAAGUAUGCUCUCAAGUGCUGGAUUCCGAAGCGUUGUAUAUUACUGCUGGUACACCUUCAAGCAGCAGUGAUCGCCUUGCAAGGUCCAGGAUCGGUAAAAAUAGUUCUACCAGGGGACAGUACUAUAAAAUACACGUAUGACAAGUCUUACAAAGAUUAUAACAAGUACUGGUGUCACGGGUACUACCCGCGAACAUGCACCGUUAUUGCGGACAGUCACGGGAAGGGCACAGAGAUCGUGGAAGUGAAGGAUGAUAAAAAGGGAAACAUUGACGUUAAUAUAAAAGAAGUCAUACCAGAUGGAGAUUACUGGUGUGGGAUAGAAAUGCAGGGACUCGAUUCGAUGACAUACACUGACCUCAGAAUUGUUAUUACUGAAGCCAAUCAGGACAAUGCCUACAGGAAGGAAUACAUCAUCUCCUUCUCUCUGCUGGGUUUCCUCCUAUUACUGCUAGCAGUGUUCGCUGUCUGGUUUAAGAAAAAAUCAAACAGCAAAAAAAACAGUGGACAUGACAUUGCACCUGAAGAGAAGAAGACCUGCACUCAGAAGGUGUCUUCAGAGGUUUCCUUGGACAGUGAGGUCGGUGUUACUUACUCAGCUGUGCAAGUUACAACAGCGCCCUCUCCUGAAGGAAGAGGAGAGUGUGCUCUUCCAGACCCUGAUGUAAUGGAACCUGUUACGUACAGCACACUUGUGUUCUAAAGAGUGGAACAUGCAAAGUGUAUGAAUGUAACCAAUCCUUCCACUUUCUGUGUCUCUGUGUGUAUUCCAGUCAUUAUAACCAGGCUUGUACACAACAGUAUAUCAUUAGAGAAGCCUAGUCUUACAAAACAGGAGAGCAUUAACUAGGGUUAGCCAUGCGGAGUGGAGCCGGAGUGGAGCCGGAGCGGAGCCGGAGCGGAGCCGGAGUGGAGCCAGAGUGGAGCCGGAGCGGAGCUUGCCAGUUUUCAGAGCUGAGCUCCAGAGCUAGCGGAGUUUCUGCAGCAGCUCUGUUAUUUCCUACCAUUCACAUUUAAACAAAUCCUUCCUGAAUUAAUCAGUUCAAACACUUGACUGAACAAAAUAAAUGAAUACGUACUUUAAUGGACAUAAUAUUUCUGUUGAUAUAAGGAGGCGUCAUUGUUGGAUCAGUGGUUUUGGUUCUUGGUCAGUGGUACUUUGAAAGGUGAAAACAGAGAUUUUGACUUGCGAAUAAUGGAAUUGCUUCAAACGCAUUGGGAACCAAAUCCAAAUCCGAUCAUCGGUUUUACUGCUAUCGUGAAAAAGUCACAAAGAGAGAAUCGGCUUGGCAUUCUAUGACCUUGACCUGGAGUUCAAAAGGGCGAAGGUUUCCCACAAUCCUUGUAUAUGCCUUAACCUACCUGUGUGACAGUUACCUCCAAAACCUACUUAGUAUGUGAGUUAUGGAGUGUGAAAAAUGAAAGCAUCCUGUUCUGCUCCCCACUUUACAGAUUGCAGAUAAUUGCAGGAAGCGUAUACAGCCUGGUCUUUUUUGUUGUAGAUGUAGGGCCUUGUUCGUUCAAGAGGUUAUAUUUUAGCAACUAUAAAUUGCAAGAAAUUAGGUUUUCUAAGCUGAUUUUGCAAUGAAACAGUAUUGCAUGACAGGCUAAAUUUUCCAAUCUUGCUGUAAUUAUUAUUAUUUUUUGUUUGUUUGUUUAAAGCUUUUUUGUAUAAUACGGUUUACUGUAUCAGAAAGGAAUUUGAUAGACCUAAGAAAAGUAAUUGAAGCUUGCUGAUGCUCCAUUGCCUUCUACACUCGUGUGAGCUGGAAAGAAAACAAACACUGGAAGAUCCUUUUCCUCUACCAAACGUAAAAUAUCAUGAACUGUGACAAAAAUGACAUCUCUUCUGGCUUUAGUACUUUUGCAGGAAGGCAUGGGAAUACAUCAAGCUGUAAAUGUCCUCAUUUGUUUUAUCAGAAAGCGUACACUGCCCUUGAACCCCCCCCCCCUCCCCUCCCCUCUCCUCCGCCCCCCCCAAGUGGUUUUAGUGGCUCUGGAGCAGGAGCUGGAGCAGCAGUGUGGAGCUGCACUGGAGGGCUCCUGAGCUGGAGCAGGAGCUUCUGGAGCAGGGGGUGCAUCAGCUCUGGAGCCAGCCUGGAGCUGGAGCAGCGGGUGCAUCAGCUCUGGAGCUGGAGCCGGGGGUGCAUCAGCUCUGGAGCCAGUCUGGAGCUGCAGCAGGGGCUGCUGGAGCCAGCCUGGAGCUGGAGCAGUGGGUGCAUCAGCUCUGGAGGCAGUCUGGAGCUGGAGCAGCGGGUCUCCUCAAGACACCCCUGUUCAGACAGCAUCUGUAAACCUCACAACUCUCGACUAUACUGAACUAUAUGGCACCCAAUUAAACCAGUACUUGCAUCAGCUUGUACUUGUACUGAACUGCUCCAUACCUUGCUGUAUUCCACUACUGCUCUUAAUUAUAGCUACUUCCUGUAUCUUGUUUGAAUCAUUCUCAUCCAUUCAUCGUAUUCACUACAUGCUCAUACUGGACUUUACUCGUAUAAGCAAAUAGUUUUAAUAUAAGUUAACUGCUCUCAGUCGAAACCACUCUUACAUGUAAUUAUUUACUGUAUUCUCAAUUGUGCUCCUAUUUGAAUUUGAUCUUUUGCUACUGAUUUUAUUGUACUUUGCAACUGCUCUUAUCUGUAAUAUGAUACUCUGCAAUGUGAUAUUCUGAAAUGUGAUACUUUGUACUGUGAUAUUUUGUAACAAUUGUAAGACGCCCUGGAUAAGGGCGUCUGCUAAGAAACAAAUAAUAAUAAUAAUAAUAAUAAUAAUAAUAAUAAUAAUAAUAAUAAUAAUAAUAAUAAUAAUAAUAACAUGCAGUCUCAGAACACUUAUUUCUAGUUAAUUAUUUUACAUGUUGUUUUUUUUUCUUUA